AAGUUGAAUUAUUUUCUCUCAUCAAUGAGCUGGCCCAUGUGUGUAAAAAUCCGUUUGCGAAGUACUCGUUUAAACAAAUGUGCCAUUUAAUCAAGAUUGUUAAUGUAUUAUUUUGAAUAAAGAACGCAACGAAGGUGAAUUAAUUUCCUAUUAAAAUAUUAAAUGAAUCGCACGGCAUCGAUGGAGCUCCUUGUUCUGCCAGCGGGCGUCGCUGUUUUGGAACUUCAUCUUCGUGGGUGCACGGGCUGGCGGGUACGCGCGCUCUUGGACACGGCGGGCAAGCGCCUACGUCGUCACUCGGUCCGCGUGCGUGCGUGCUUGCGUGCGAAGGUGCUGCAGUGCCUGCAGUCAUGGCAGCAGCGGCGGCGCCUGGCCUGAGCGACCUGUCCCGUCUGUACCAGACCGAGUUUGUUCGUAGCGCCCGCGCAGUGGGCGUACUGUGGGCCGUGUGCACGUUGUGCUUCGCCGUCAUCCAGGUAGUCAUCCUGGUGCAGCCGUCGUGGAUCGGAACCGCUGACAUCCACCACCCGGGGACGGGGCCGGCGCCACCCAGCGGCACCCUGGGAUUAUUUGAGGUGUGUCUGGAGUCAGACCGACCCAUUCCAGAUUGCCGCGGCCGUCUGUCCAGCCUGUCCCCUCUGCCGUCCUUCCAGUCGGUGGCGGUCUUGGUGGGCGUGUCCCUGUGGGCGGUGUGGACCAGCGUAGUCUGUCUCUGCCUGUUCCGAUUCUGCAGCGCCGCCACCGUCUACAAGAUCUGCGCCUGGCUGCAGCUCACAGCAGGGUUCUGCUUAGCAUUGGCGUGCCUGCUGUUCCCCGACUCAUGGGAGAGUCCGGAGAUGAGAGUCCUGUGCGGCGACUCGGUGGGCAGCUUCUCAUCUGGGAACUGCUCGGUCCACUGGGCCUUUAUCCUGGCCAUCCUGGGCGUUUUGGAUGCCGCCAUCUUGGCCACGCUUGCGUUUGUGCUGGCUAACAGACAAGAUGCCCUCCUACCGCCACUCGGCAAGGAAGUGACUACAGGAUUGCUGAUGUCAGCGUAGACACCAUGUGACUCGUCUUCCUCCUCAACGCAAAACAAUGAUAUCAUCAUCACUGUGACAUCAUCCUGAUAUCAUGAAGACAAAUCUAUGUAGUAUAGAAGAUGGAGCUGUUGUUUAUUUUUAUUUUUAUUUUUUUAUCAGCUUCUUGUGUUGAACAACCACGUCACGUGUUUAGCUGUUAGCAUAGUUAGCUCAUUUCCUUUCCCAACCUUAAUGGAAGGCGAGCUCCUUCACUUAACGUCGUUAGCCUCAGUCAAGUGCGGUACACACAUAUGGCUCAUCGGGACAAAUUUGAGCAUUCCCCACCUCCCCUUGGUCAGCCCAUACGAUCAAAAUAAGCAAAUGCCCGAUUGUGGGAUGCCCUAAAAGGUAAUCAUGAGCCAUUAUCUUGUGGUGUGGUGUGUGAUAGGAAUCAAUUUUGUGUCCAUUAAGUCAUUCACAACAAAAAUGACAACCACUGCAAUGAAGUUACCAGAUAAACUAACCGUUAGCUUAGCUUUUCCUAUUUCCAACAAAUCAAGUUUUUUCAUCCGUACCAAGUGUGCAUUCCAUUGAGUGGCAGAAGUCCCAUUCACUUCCAUAUAAUAUUGGCUUAGAAAAACUUGUUAUCGCCGUAUGCAAGUUUGGGCCAGCUGAUGCCAAGCAAAGCUAAGCAGCAAAGCUUCUGUACAACAGUGGCACCCUGGAAUUGCCUUUAAUAUGAAUUGAUAUGGACAAAUGUCUCCCAAAUCCAUCCACUGGUCUGACUGAGGGGAUAUAUUUGCUUGACAACUUUUAAAUUCCGCAUGCACAAAAGACUUCAUGAACGUUUACAAGUCUCUUGACGCAUAGAAGUGUUAAACAGUCAAUUGUUAAUUGGAAAAUGUUCAGACGGCUAAACGUCUCCAUACGUAACGUGUAUUUGUAAUUUGUAUUGCAUUAGAAAUUUACAUUUGAAUUAGAAAAUGACUUAUGAAGCCCUAACUAGUUUGAUUAAACAUUUGCGUGUCUUAUUGUUCCAUAACUCUUGGACAGUACAGUACACCUGCGUGUCCUUGAAAAUGUGCUCUAGACUGUUUUGACUACUCCCCAGAUUCCUCUUCCUUUCUCCUCCUCCCCAUGCACUCAUUCCCAUAAAGAUAAGUUUGAGCUGUUGUGUGAGAAUGUGAUGUGAAUUCCUCUCUCUCCUAUAUAACUUAAUUGAAAUUUUUUUUCUCUUCAGUGAGGGGUGACAAUUUGUACAUUUUAGUCUCUGCAACGAUUUCUUUUUUUGUUUUUUAAUAAAAUCCACAAAGACAAGAUUGCUUUCUUAAAUAUUACUUUUGAAACUAUUAAUGUAGGCAAUUAUAAGAAAAAAGAAAAAUGACGAGGCACAUCCAUGAUUUGAAAUUUUGGCAAUGCCGACCUGCGUGGCCGCACAUAACGCACAUCACAAACCGUCACCACGUGUUGGGGAUUGGUGCCUGACCCCUGGCAGUAGCAAAGGUUGACUGUAUUAGUAUUUGUGCACGUGGUUAGUUGAGUGAAGUUGACACACGGUUAAAGUUUUGAACUUUAUUAUUACUUUUGAUUACUUUGUGCCAUGUAGGCAUGCAAACUUGUGGUCACAUGACAAGCUGGGAUUAGCUGGAGUGCACAAACACAACACAGAGCUCCGAAAGACGUUCUCGUGGCACCACUUUGAACCUGAGCCCCCCCCCCCCCAAGAAAA